GGUGUUUGCCAUUUUAAGAUCGUUCGCGCAGUAUUUUUCUUGCUCCUGCACCAAAGGUCAAAAACGACUGUCCGUGAGUUUGCUUUAACUUGAACUUAGACAAAAAAAAAAAAAAAGUCGACUACAAGGUCUCGUUGUGCAGCUGCUUUUAAAAGAAAUAUGUCGUCACUCGUGCCGAUGACGCAAUCAACCAGGAAGCAGCGGCGAAUUUCAAAACGACGGCGGCUGAAUGGAUUCAGGUUGCCUCAAGAAGGGGCGCCACACGUGGGGUCGAUUCCCCGAGCAGCGUGCCCCGACGACCCGCUGACCCCGGAGCACGUGCUUUCACGCUCCCAGCGCUCCAGUGUGAAGUCUGACAGCAGCCGCCAGGCUGGGUCCACUUGGCGCCUCUCGGCUCCGUCCGUCUCCCCCCUCCGCUUCUUGGAUAUGCAUUAGCGCGCUAAACUCGCUUCGGACCGCGGGAGCGCUGCUCGUCUUCAACUUGAGGCUGAAGAAAGACCGUGGAAAACUCCUCGGAAUUCUCCGCGCACCCCGCUCGCUUUGGCACUCUCCGUUUGACGCGUUGAAGUGCUUCUUAAGGAGAAUUCUGCGGAGAUUUCUGACUCUUUCAAUCCUCGAAGAUGAAGCAGCACCGGGGACCGGCGCACUGAGGCGGGAACUGCAGGCCCUUUUGCAUGAAUCGGUACCGAAGAAGUAGCUGCGACUUUCAAAAGGCUUGGUGAACCCCGCCCGAAGACUCUCCCUCCCUCCCGAAAACAUCCUGCUCCGUUCCGUGAUGAACCAUGACUCAAGGUUGUGAGGACUUGCCCCCAUCGUCCCGCAGUCGUCGCCGCACAGUGAGGCAGUGAGCCGACGGAGGAUACAGCAGCAUGCGCGUGUCGACGUAUCCCACGAUGCACUCUGCCGGCCCGGGUCUGCUCCUCCUCAGUUUCCUCUUCCUGGCCGACGCCGACUCCCCGCCACGAUUUACCCGAACCCCGGAAGACCAGACUGGAGUCCAAGGCGGGGUGGCGUCGUUCGUGUGCCAGGCCGCCGGCGAACCGCAGCCCAAGAUUGUGUGGAACAAGAAGGGCAAAAAAGUCAGCAACCAGAGAUUUGAGGUCAUCGAGUUUGACGACGGGUCCGGCUCGGUCCUGAGGAUCCAGCCCCUGCGGACCCCGAGAGAUGAGGCCGUUUACGAAUGUCACGCCUCCAACUCGGCUGGAGAGCUCACCGCCUCCACCAGACUAAGCGUGCUGCGAGAGGACCAGCUGCCUUCGGGGUUCCCCACCAUAGACAUGGGUCCCCAGCUGAAAGUGGUGGAACGCUCUCGGACCGCCACCAUGCUGUGUGCGGCCAGUGGGAACCCUGACCCAGAAAUUACCUGGUUCAAGGAUUUCCUGCCAGUCAACACAUCCAAUAACAAUGGACGAAUCAAGCAGCUGCGCUCAGGCGCACUGCAGAUUGAAAUGAGCGAAGAGUCCGACCAGGGCAAGUAUGAGUGUGUUGCCACCAACAGCGACGGGACUCGCUAUUCCACCCCGGCGAACCUCUACGUCCGCGUGCGCCGCGUCCCCCCUCGGUUCUCCAUUCCCCCGGCGGACAGCGAGAUCAUGCCGGGGGGUAACGUCAACAUCACCUGCGUGGCGGUGGGCUCGCCCAUGCCCUACGUCAAGUGGAUGCUGGGGGCCGAGGACCUGACCCCGGAGGACGACAUGCCCAUCGGCCGCAACGUCCUCGAGCUGACGGAUGUGCGCCAGUCCAACAAUUACACCUGCGUUGCCAUGUCAACGCUCGGCGUUAUUGAGGCAGUGGCGCAGAUUAUUGUCAAAGCUCUCCCGAAGGCUCCCGGCACACCGGUGGUGACCGAGAGGACGGCAACGAGCAUCACUCUCACCUGGGACUCCGGCAACCCUGAACCCGUUUCCUAUUAUAUCAUACAACACCGUUCCAAAGGCUCGGAGGACCCCUAUAAAGAGAUUGAUGGCAUCGCCACCACCCGCUACAGCGUGGGUGGCCUCAGCCCUUACUCCCAUUACGACUUCCGCGUGGCGGCUGUUAACACCAUCGGGCAGGGUCCGUCCAGCGACGUGGUGGAGGCCCGCACCGCCGAGCAGGCGCCCUCCUCUCCGCCGCGACAAGUCAGAGGUCGCAUGUUGAGCACAACAACGGCGAUCAUCCACUGGGACGAGCCAGAGGAACCAAACGGGCAAGUCGUGGGCUACAGGGUGUAUUAUACCUCAGACAACACGCUGCCGGUGAACCAGUGGGAGAAGCAGAUGGUGCGGAGCGCCAACUUCAUCACCAUUCAGGGUCUGACUCCCAACAAGACGUAUUACAUCAGAGUGUUGGCUUUCACCUCUGUCGGAGACGGUCCCCUUUCCCAGGACCUGCAGAUUAUUGCCAAGACUGGCGUCCCGUCCCAGCCUUCAGAAUUCAAAGGAGAAGCCAAAUCUGAGACGAGUAUCCUGUUGUCCUGGAUCGCGCCGCCGCAGGGCGGCCCCGACAACCAGAUCACAGGAUACGAGCUGGUGUAUCGACGGGCAGACGAUACAGAGGAGAAGAAAGUGAGCUUUGAGCCGACAACCUCCUACCUGUUGAAGAACCUCAAGCCUUUCUCGGCCUACACUUUCCAACUGGCUGCCCGUAGCAAACAUGGCAUCGGCGCAUAUACCAACGAGGUUUCCGUUGACACGCCUCAGACGCUUCCCUCGGCGCCUCCUCGGGACAUAACGUGCACCAGCCCCACUUCUACCAGCAUCCUGGUAAGUUGGGCGCCACCGCCUGUGGAGUUUCAGAACGGCGUCAUUACGGGAUACGCCAUCCGCUACGCCGCCACGGGGGGCAACAAAACGUCCAAAAGGAUCGACGGCAUUCCUCCGGAGGGUUCUCCGUAUCUCUUGCGAAACUUGGCCAAAUGGACCGAGUACGGCGUAACGGUGCGGGCGCGGACGGAAGCCGGCGACGGACCCGAGAGUCUACAGCUGAUUACCCGCACCGAGGAAGAUGUUCCAAGCGGUCCUCCUCGAGGGGUGGACGCAGAGACAGUGAACGCCUCAGCCAUUAGGGUGAAAUGGCGAGCGCCAGCCCCCGAGCUGCAGCACGGUCAGAUCCGAGGCUACCAAGUCCACUACGUGAGGACGAACUACGGCGAGCCGCAAGGUCAGCCCUUCAUCAAGGACAUCCUCAUGGAGGACUCACAGUGGGAUUAUGACCAGUCCGCUCAAUAUGAGGUGCUUCUCGGAGACUUGAAGGCAGACACCUCCUACUCCAUCUCAGUCGGCGCUUACACCGCCAAGGGAGAUGGCGCUCGCAGCAAACCUGUUAGCGUCUGCACCGCUCUGCCGUUGCCGGAAAAGCCCAAACUCAUGGUGAGCGCAACUGACACGGGCACCGCUCUGCUUCAGUGGUACCCGCCGCCGAACCCCGCCACACCGCUCCUGGGUUACCGCCUGACCUUCGGCCGCGUCGACGUCCUCCCCUUCACGGUGGUGGAGUUCCCCGCCAAAGACAAUCGCUACACGGCUCUGGACAUCCACAAGGGAGCCAACUAUGUGUUCAGACUGUCCGCCCGGAACAAAAUGGGCUACGGAGAGGAGGCGCUUAAAGAAGUCACCACCCCUGAAGGCGCCCCCACCGGGUACCCGGAAAAUAUGAUCUCAGAGGAGACGUCUGCCAACUCCCUACGCUUGACCUGGAAAUCAGUGCCACUCAUUGAGCAAAACGGAAAAAUCCUCAAGUACUCAGUCCUGUACAAGGAUAUAAACAGUCGGGGCAAUUCCUCCGAAGUUGAGGUGGCCACUCCUGGGUCGAGCGUUUUGUUGGAGGGUCUGAGUGCCGAUACUGUGUACGAUGUCAGGGUGUGCGCGUUCACGGCCGUCGGGCGCGGUCCGUACAGCCCCGGGGUCCACUUUAGGACGCAGCGGCUAGACCAAGUUUUUGCCACCAACUUCCGAGUGAAAGCCGCCAUGAAGAAUUCCGUUCUCUUGUCCUGGGAGGUCCGAGACAAGAAUCCUACCCAGCCAUUCACUAUCCUGUACGGAAAGGGUCAAUCUGUGGAAGUGGACGGGAAGCAGACCCAGAAGCUGAUCACCGGAUUGCAGCCGGACACCUUGUACUCCUUCCUCCUUACCAACCGAGCCAACAGCGCCGGGGGCCUGCAGCACCGCGUCACCGCCACCACCGCUCCAGACAUCCUGAAAAGCAAGCCCGUCGUGCUGGGGAAGACCAACGCCGACGGCAUGGUGACUGUGCAGCUUCCGUCUGUGCAGACGGCGGCUAAAGUCAAGGGUUAUUACGUGGUGGUGGUGCCGCUGAAGAAGCAGCGAGGAGGGAAGUUCUUGAAUCCGUGGGAGGACCCGGACCAGAUGAACUUAGAUGAGUUGCUGAGGGAGAUCAACAGGACCAGCGUAAGCCGUUCCCUCCGUGUCCGCCGACAGGCCGGCCAAUCGGAUCCCGGAGCCUACGUCGGCGCUCACUUCAAAACCCUCCCCACGGAGUUCACGCUCGGCGACGGACGAAACUACGGCGACUUCCGCAACCGCCCGCUGCAGAACGGCCAGGAAUACGUCUUCUUUGUCCUGGCCCUGCUCGACCUUUCGGAGAAUACCAUGUUCUCCACCAGCCCGUACUCCGAUCCCGUGACCUCGUCGGAUGCGGACCCGCAGCCGAUUGUGGAUGAGGAAGAGGGCCUGUUGUGGGUCGUCGGUCCCGUGUUGGCCGUCAUCUUCAUCGUGUGCAUCGUCAUUGCCAUCCUUCUCUUCAAAAGCAAACCCGACAGGAAACGGGCCGAGGCAGAGGGCAGGAAGGGCAGCUUCCCCUGCAGCAAAGCCAUGUCAUCGCACCAUCCCACCGAUCCCGUGGAGCUGCGGAGAAUCAACUUCCAGACUCCGGCCUACCGUGUAUCAGUGUACCGUGGUUAUCGGCGUUUGUCAAGCAUGGCGAGUCACCCGCCCGUCCCCAUCUCGGAGCUGGCAGAUAACAUCGAGCGCCUCAAGGCCAACGACAACCUCAAGUUCUCACAAGAAUAUGAGUCGGUUGACCCCGGUCAGCAGUUCACGUGGGAGAACUCCAACUUGGAAGUCAACAAACCAAAGAACCGCUACGCUAACGUCAUCGCCUACGACCACUCCAGGGUGAUACUCUCUGGCAUCGAGGGCGUCCCAGGCAGCGACUACAUCAACGCCAACUACAUCGACGGGUACCGGCGUCAAAACGCCUACAUCGCCACUCAGGGUUCGCUUCCGGAGACCUUCGGGGACUUCUGGAGGAUGGUGUGGGAGCAGCACACAGCCAACAUUAUCAUGAUGACCAAGCUGGAGGAGAAGUCCAGGGUGAAGUGCGACCAGUACUGGCCGACGCGCGGCACCGAGACCUACGGCCUGAUCCAGGUCACCCUGCUGGACACGGUGGAGCUGGCCACCUACUCCGUCAGGACCUUUGCGCUUUACAAGAGCGGCUCCAACGAGAAGCGUGAGGUUCGUCACUUCCAGUUCACGGCCUGGCCAGACCACGGGGUACCCGAGCACCCCACUCCGUUCCUGGCCUUCCUGCGACGGGUCAAGGCCUGCAACCCCGCCGAUGCGGGGCCCAUGAUCGUCCACUGCAGCGCCGGCGUGGGUCGCACGGGUUGCUUCAUCGUGAUCGACGCCAUGGCGGAGCGGAUCAAGCACGAGAAGACGGUGGACAUCUACGGCCACGUCACGCUCAUGCGCUCCCAGAGGAACUACAUGGUCCAGACGGAGGACCAGUACAUCUUCAUCUACGACGCGCUGCUGGAGGCCGUGACCUGCGGGAACACCGAGGUCCCCGCCAGGAACUUGUACUCGUACAUCCAGAGGCUGACGCAGAUCGAACCCGGCGACAAUGUCACCGGCAUGGAGCUGGAGUUCAAGCGCCUGGCCAGCGCCAAGGCCCACACGUCGCGUUUCGUCAGCGCCAACCUGCCCUGCAACAAGUUCAAGAACAGGCUGGUCAACAUCAUGCCCUACGAGACCACUCGCGUCCCCCUGCAGCCGAUCAGAGGGGUCGAAGGCUCGGACUACAUCAACGCCAGCUUCAUCGACGGGUACAGGCAACAGAAGGCCUACAUCGCCACGCAGGGCCCGCUGGCCGAGACCACGGAGGACUACUGGAGGAUGCUGUGGGAGCACAACUCCACCAUCGUUGUCAUGCUCACCAAACUGCGCGAGAUGGGACGGGAGAAAUGUCACCAGUACUGGCCCGCCGAGCGCUCGGCUCGCUACCAGUACUUUGUGGUGGAUCCCAUGGCCGAGUACAACAUGCCUCAAUACAUCCUGCGAGAAUUCAAAGUCACCGACGCCAGAGAUGGCCAAUCGCGGACGGUUCGUCAAUUCCAGUUCACCGACUGGCCGGAACAAGGAGUGCCAAAGUCGGGGGAGGGCUUCAUCGAUUUCAUUGGUCAAGUGCAUAAAACGAAAGAACAGUUUGGCCAGGAUGGACCAAUUACUGUGCACUGCAGCGCCGGAGUGGGCCGGACGGGCGUGUUCAUCACGCUGAGCAUCGUGCUGGAGCGGAUGCGCUACGAGGGCGUGGUGGACAUCUUCCAGACGGUCAAGAUGCUGCGCACGCAGAGGCCUGCAACCGUUCAAACUGAGGACCAGUACCAGUUCUGCUACCGUGCCAGUCUGGAGUACCUGGGAAGCUUUGAUCACUAUGCAACAUAAAUGCGUCGCGGCACGUAACCCCCCACCCCCACCCCCCGCCCACCCCCCUUCCCCGAUCCGCUCGCCUGUGGAUGAAAGCGCCGGGCGGCGACGUGUCUGCGAAGAGGGCGCCGCAAACGUGCAGAGUGAAAAGGAGGUGGGGGGCGGGGGGGGGUCUCCUCGGUACACACAAAGAGCACCUCUAACUGAGCCAUAAGCGACCUGCUUGAUUGACAAAAGAGGGCGGGGGGGGGGGGCUCCGCCCGCCCUUUGACCCCCAACAACGCCCGAAGAAGCGAGCGGCUCCGAUGCUCGGAUCAGAAUCUCCGUUGUCUUUGUUUCAGUCAGUGCUGAUUUGGGAGCCCCCCCCCCGCCCCCCACCCCCACCCCCACCUCCGGGUUCAGGUGCGGAAGCGUUCACCUCAUCCGCCACCAGUGUAGCAUCACCGACAUGGAUAGACGGGACGGAACGCCGCGGGACAUUUGCUUUUCACGUUUUUAGAGCGACUCCGAUGGCGUCUGUCGUUCGGGGGGGACGACUCGCGGACGGACGCAAAGUGGGACUUUGGAGAAUUGCCCACCGGAGAGCGGAAACUCACAGAGCACACACACACACACACACUUUUAAAGGGUACACGGACCCCCCCCUCCCCAACGGACACCAGGAAGUGUUGCGCCCCCCCCCCCCCCCGCACCCACCCCCACCCCGGGUGGGUCAUCUUUAGAGGAGCAAAGUCUUGUGUCCUAUACGUAAACAAGACAUUUCUCUCACAAAGUAAUAACAAAAAAAAAAAAAAAAAAAGCACCAGUUCAACUUCAUUGUUCAGUUCAAGAUAAGGAAAUUGUCGGGGGGGGGGGCAAGCCCACCACAAACAAAAUAGCAGCUUGUGACUCAUUUUCAGGAAAAAACAAAAACAAACAAAAAAGUGGGCUCUCUAGUAUAAAGGCACAGUCAUCAUUUUUUAUGCUUUGUUGUGCAUUUUUAUGUUUGUUUGUUUGUUUGUUUUCUUCAAAGAAAUCCAAUCAGAAGCGUUUGCAGUUUCUCCGAAAAGUUCCCCAAACAACGAUUUCAUACUCGCUUUUAUUUGCACCAGCAAACGGUUGAAAUCGUCGUCCGCCGGGUGCUCGACGCUUUCGCGUUCAGGGUUGAGAUCCGAUUCAGGACAGGUCGUCCGGGUUUAGGGUUCUGCGUUUACGGUCUGUGGUUGGAUUUAUCGGAAGGGAUCGGUUUCUGGGUUAGGGAGGACGCUUAAGUUUGAGAGUUUGGAUUUGUUGCAUUUGCCCUGGGGGGCAAAGGAUCAGUUUUUAAAAAUGUACUGCCACCAGCCAAUUGUGUGUCAAUCAAGAGCCAAGAAAGAGCGUAGAUCACAAAUCUGUAGAGUGCACGGAAUGUUCUUUUUUGUUUUUGUUUUUUUUUUUUUUGGGGGGGGGGGAAUAUGAAAAACCAUUUAAAAGUUCACGUAGAUUUUAGAAGAAGAAUCGUGAAAAUGUUCACCAGUGGCUCGCGUUUGUCCGUCUGAUUCCGUGUGCAAUAAUUAGAUGAAUAUUGGAUCGAUUUUUGUGUCCACUCACAUCCCGAAGUCACGUGCCAUCGUGAUGAUGAUGAAGAGAAAUUUUUACCCAAGGUGCAUCGCAUCCCCGACACGAGCGAGGCGAUUAAACAUGUGAGCGCGCCAUCUCGUGUAAACAGUGCCGUCGUCACGGUAACCAGGAAACCAACUCCCCCCCCCAUGAAUAGUUUUAAGUUUCGAUUUCUAGUGCCUUAUAUUACACGCCUAUUUUGAUAACGUUACGUUGAAGGGUUGUCGUGUAUUUUGCGUACGCACACUCGUGUACAUUUGUGUCGCGCGUGGGUGCAGUGUGUGUGUGUGUGACGGAGACUUUUUCCGUUUCAUGAUGUGAAAAUUGCCGUCGUUUGUUUUGUUUAGUUUUUCUCUGGCUCAUCGUGCUCAU